AUGUUGAGUAUAGUGGUACAUGUUAGGAAUAGAAGUCUGAAAUCGCCUCCUAAGAAUUACAACCACUGUAGCGUGGACAUGGCUGGAGUACCAGAAGCUAUGGACCUAUGGGACAGUAGAGACCUGGUCGGUAGAGAGUUGGGAGCCAAGGACGCUUACGGUCGAAAGCGGCAAGAAAAUGCAGUUUAUGAACCUGAAAAAAUUUAUAAACAACUGCUUCCAAUAUCCGAAAUGAAGAAAAGGGAUUUGGAAAAACUUUGCAAAAACAAUGUCAUACCUGCAGACGCUAGUGGCAAGCAUGAAGCAAAGGGCGAGAAGACUGCACUAAAAUCGUAUGUGGGAGGUGUGGGAAACUUAAAGUAUACUCCCAUUGAAAAUGCCAUUCAACCUUUUUUGACAGUGAAGUCAGAAAGAAACAGCAUUGCCUAG